GCAAAUAAAGAUAAUGUUUUGUGGCUGGUUUUUAUAAAAAAUAAGUUUUAGUGGAGUUUAAUUUUUCAUAUUUGUUUCUAUAGAAGUAUGUUAAACAACAAUUUUUAAUAAUUUUUGGAAAAUAUAUAACAUAUUUGAAAAAAAAAAAAACGUAAUCACGUAAUUUAAUCUAAAUAAAUUCUCUUUUAAUGUGUAUGUCAACAAAAAUAUAGUGGCUGUUUUUUUAUUCGUAGAGUCAUACAUAAUGUGUAUAUCAUAUUUAUUGAAAUGCUUGAAUUUGGAAAGUGUUGUUGUGAAUUAGUGUGUUUAAAGGAUAUUAAGAAACACCGUUUGGUUGAAAAAUUAAGAGUCGAAAUAAAAUAAGAGCUUUUAAAUUAAAUGUCUGACGAAAACAAAUUGAAAUUUAAUAUAUAAAGAAGAUAUCACAAUACUAAUGUUAUAAGUAACAAAUUUAAGUAUAAAAAAUAAAUAGCGCAUUUUAUGUGUAUGCCUUGUGCAAGCAAUGACAUGUUUUGAGAUAGGAAUUUCAUAAUAAAGAAAAAAAACAAACAAAAAAUUCAGGUUCGUGUUAUAUAUAUUCGGAAAUGCCCUUAACUAAAUUAAAGAUAAUUAUAAAUAUGUCAGAAAAAACUAAACAAGCUAAUAUUAAUAUACAACUUUCAUAAUAGUGCAAAUAAAAAAAAUAUUUAAGAAAUUUUUACAUAAAAAAAGUUAUAUACUUUAAUUUGAGUUAUGAUCUGUAGAAGCCGGCUGUUUAACAUUUGAAACAUACAUACAUACAUAGGAUAUGGAUUUUUCAUUGUGCCGAUUUGCCCUAAAUGUUCACCUUAAGUGUUGACACAAAAAUGUGGCCAAUUUUAUUCUACACCUCCCAUAUACCCUUUACAAAAAGCAAAGACUGAAUUUAUACUCGAAACUAUUAAAUCGUUUUACUGCCACGACAAAAAUUCAAAACACUAAGUAAUAAUGAAUUAAUUGAAUAGUAUUUGAAAAUAACUCAUUGAUUUCUAUAUGCGAUUUCAUAAGGAAAUUAUAUCGCUACAUCAUUACCAUUAUUAAAAAGGGAGUGUUUGCGAAGCAAUAAUAAAACUUUUCAAGAAGUAUUGUAUAUACAUAUAUGCAUUUUAUUAUACAUAUAUAUAAUAUUAAGCGUAUAACUUUUAAUUUAUAUAUGUACAUAAGGAAUUAUUUAGAAAUAUGACAUUUGAAAAUACGAAUUGCUGUAAACACAAAUCGAGUUCAGAACGUUGUAAUCUGAAAGGAUGUCACAGGAAACGAAAGCCUUUAAUUGGUUUAGCCAUUAGAUUACUCCUUUACGGAGUGAAUUGGCUGAUAUUUUGGUCUUCAACACAUGGAGUAGUAAUCGAGUGUUUAGCAGCACAACUUAUAAAUAAUAGAAAUUUUAAUUCUACACAAACUCAAGUAUUUUCAUCUGGCGAAAUAGUGGCCCAAUUUACCCUCCCUCAGAUAUCUGUUGGUCAUGCGGAUGAACAAGCCGUUACUACGGCUGAUGGAUUGCCCGACUCCUCAACAGUUACUUCAAGUAGUGGAAAUUUUUCAACAACGACUUCUUCAGUUGGAUCUUCAUCUUCUACAAAUGCAAAUGGUAGUUUACAAAAUUAUCUCACACAUUUAGCGUACGAUUAUAAACGUAAUGUUUUUUAUGCGGGCGCAACAAACAAAAUUUUACAAUUAAAUGAAAAUCUAAGAGUAUUAUCUCAAGCUUUAACUGGUCCAAAAAAUGAUUCUCCUCAGUGCCAUGCCAGCGGUUGUUCGGAAGAUGUCGAGACUUCGCUUGUAAAUAAUCACAAUAAAAUUCUGAUUGUUAGUUAUUCUCAAGGGGAUGGUAUAUUAAUAGCAUGUGGUAGUGUGCGUCAGGGUGCCUGUGAUAUAUAUAAUUUAGCACGUUUUCCAAAAAAUUCGCGUUUUAUCGAUAUCCCUUUAGCGGCUAAUGAUGAAUUUGCCUCGACUUAUGCCUUUGUCGGCCCAGCAAAGUAUUCCUGGAAAAAAGAAGACAUUUUGUAUGUCGGUACAACAUUUACUAAUGUUGGCGAUUAUAGACAUGAUGUGCCUGCAAUAUCGUCGAGACGUUUGGAAGAUUUGAAUUACGCCGAAUUUGAAAUCAAACAAUCUAUUAUAAAUAUAGAUGUUAAAUACAGAGAUCAUUUUCUGGUCGACUAUGUUUAUGGGUUUAAUUCAUCAGAGUAUGCAUAUUUCACUAUAGUACAGAAGCGUUCCCACUUAGCUGAAGAGGCAGGAUAUGUUACACGCUUGGCGCGGAUCUGUAUUACGGACUCCAACUAUGACAGUUAUACAGAAAUAACUAUACAAUGUUUAGCGACUCACAAUAAAGUUGAUUAUAAUAUAUUACGAGAUGCUAAAAUAACUGAAGCUGGUCAAAAGUUGGCUCAGCAAAUGGGUAUCAAAAAAGGCGAUCAUGUUUUGGUUGCCAUAUUUUCACCAUCUAAAGAAAUUACAAAUCAGCCGGAAGAUAAAUCUGCUAUGUGUAUUUAUAGUCUCAAAGAAAUAGAGGAAGUAUUCAACGAAAAUAUUCAUCUUUGUUUUAAUGGUACAAUAAAGGACCGUAAUUUGGGUUAUAUAUCAGGUACCAUUGAUGAUGGCCGCUGUCCAGGGACUACUGGCAAUGUGUAUAGCUUUUGUAAUGUUGGACUGAAAAUAAGUGGUGUUUCUCCAAUUACUUCGAAUGCAUUAUUUCACUUUGAUAAUGUUUCCAUAACAUCUGUAACAGCAACUACCACUGGACCACAUUCCUUAGCGUUUCUCGGCACAGACAAGGGACAAAUAAAAAAGGUUUUAAUAUCUGGACAUAAUCCUGGAGAAUAUGAAGAAAUAAUGGUAGAUCCUGGAAACCAAAUAUUACAGGAUACUAUGAUGUCACCAAAAAAAGAUUUUCUUUAUGUGCUAUCUAAACGCAAGAUUACCAAACUGCGUAUUGAACAUUGUUCAGUUUAUACAAACUGUUCUUCAUGCCUCGAGUCACGUGAUCCAUUUUGUGGAUGGUGUUCUUUGGAAAAACGCUGUACUGUACGUUCUACGUGUCAAAAAGAUACUUCUGCUGCUCGCUGGUUGUCAUUAGGCAGUGGUCAGCAGUGCAUCGAUUUUGAGUCAAUAUUACCGGAUAAAAUACCUAUUACAGAAGUCUCGCAAGUACAACUAAUCAUUCGCACCCUACCAGAACCUUUCAACGGAAAGUAUCGUUGUGUCUUUGGCAAUUCUUCGCCUAUAGAUGCAGAAGUACUUGAAAGUGGUUUAUCGUGUAUGACACCUCCAUUAUCCCAACGCCCGCUUAUACCACCAAAUUCUGAUCAUGUUUUAGUUCCAUUGUCUGUACACAGCUCGGAGACAAACAAAGAUUUUGUCACGCGGUCGUUUGCCUUUUUCGACUGUUCGCGACAUAAUACAUGUCAAACUUGUGUUCACAGCUCUUGGGAUUGUAAUUGGUGUAUUUAUGAUAAUAAAUGUGUGCACAAAAUGCAGCAAUGUCGGAAUUUGGAAAAUGUUAUUGUUAAGGAGUUGGAAUGUCCACAUUUGAAACACUCCAAAGAACCAAUUUUAAUGCCUGUACGAGUUCCAAAGGAAAUACGUUUUGAAAUUGAAAAUUUGCCGAAACCAAAGAGUGCACACUCUGGAUUUUUAUGCACUGUCCAAAUAGAAGCAGCUCAAAUGUUAUUACCGGCUCGUAUUGAAAACAACAGAUUUGUAGUUUGUGAAAAAACGCCAUAUUUCUAUGAAACAAAUACAUAUGAAUAUCAAGCUAAAGUGGAUAUUACCUGGAAUCGCCAACAUUAUAUAGAUACGGCUAUUGUUACACUAUACAAAUGUGAUGUUUUGGGAUCACAUCGUGAACAUGCUGAUUGUAGUUUAUGUGUAACAAGAGAUCCGAAAUAUCAUUGUGCCUGGUGCGCAAAUACUUGUGUCUAUAACGAAACUUGUGCUGCAAUCACGGCACUAAACAAUGGUGUAGACUUAGACGUAUUAUCUUCUUCUUCGACACCAGUGCUUCCUCCAAACCAUAACUUUGAGUCAAAAUUUAAUGAAUGCCCUAAACCACGCAUAGAUAUGAUAAAACCUUUGUUUGGACCUAUUGAAGGCGGGACUCUGGUAACAAUUGAGGGUAGCAACUUAGGUAUACGAGAAGAAGAUGUAAAGGGCAAGAUAUCUAUUGGUUCUGUGCCUUGUGAAUUGGUCAAUUAUGAAAUAUCGGUAAAAAUUGAAUGCCGCACGGGUGCCGUUAAUCACGAGCUAACUGCACCAGUAAAAGUUUUUAAUGGCGCAGGUUUUACUGAGUCGAGUGUACAGUUUCAGUUUAAGGAUAUACAGUUAAAUGGCUUAACACCUACAGUGGGUCCCAAAUCCGGCGGAACUAAAAUUACUUUAAUGGGAAAAUAUUUAAAUAUUGGUUCUAAUAUACGUGCUUUUCUAGAUGAAUACGAAUGCUUCAUAAAUAUGAUACAGGCAUCAUCAUCACGCCUGACAUGCAUUACUUCGGAGUCAUCACAACCAGAACCAAUUAGAACGUUACAUCUAAUGGUCGAUGGUGCUAAUCGCACAUAUACAUGCCAAAUGCCUCAGCUUCAACAGAACAUGCGCUCUUUAUAUGAUCAACAAAUUUUGUUUCACAAUAACUAUCGUUACAAUUUACCUUCCCUAGCGAUGCCGUGUUCGAUAUUUAAUUACACUCAGGACCCCACCAUAAUGGAAAUUAAACCGCUGCGAAGUUUUGCAAGCGGUGGUCGGCUUUUGACAGUUCAUGGCAUGUAUUUGGAUUCCAUUCAAAAACCUGAACUAGAAGUGUAUUUUGAAAGCGAGCGAUUAAACAAAACUACUUGUGUGGUUAUAAAUUCAAGCCAAAUGGAAUGCCCAUCUCCAGCAGUAUCUCAAAAGUUUCUUGCAUAUAAAACUGCCUUAGAUCAACAGUCGGAAAAUGUAGGCAUUAAUCAAGCUACUGCAUCAUCAGUUUCGUCGGGUUAUAAUGCUCUAAGAAAGCUUGAUAACCCAUACAGCAGAGAUAUGGCCUACAUUUAUAGUACAACUGGUAAUAUUUAUAAUAACAAUGAUGGUUUUUACCAUGCUCAAGAUGUGGCGGCUUUUGUAAAAAUACGCGAGACUCAGUUAAAUCUGCAACUGGGUUUCAAUAUGGAUGAUGUUCAAUGGGUAAGGGACUUAAAUAAAUACUUUCCGAGCCUAAGAAGUACCAUAGUGUAUGUACAAGAUCCGAAGUACUACCCAUUUAAUGAAAAUCCAAAACUUUACAAGGGCGAUACACUAGUAAUUGAAGGAGAAAUGUUAAAUGUUGCUGCAGACGAAUCAGAUGUUAAAGUUACCAUAGGAACAGAGCAAUGCAAUGUUACCAGUUUAACGCUUACCCAAUUACUAUGUACCCCACCAGAAAAACAGCCAGCUCCUACAAAUGAAAAUGGUGUAGAUCAGCUUAAUGAUUUACCGCUUGUUGUAGUAAACGUUGGUCGCAAUAUGCGUUUCGUAAUAGGACAUAUAAAGUAUGAUUUAAUGAAACCGUAUUCAUUUUCACAUGUAAUGUGGGUUAUUAUCUGUACAAUUAUUAUUGUUGUUGUACUUUUAAUAAUUGUUUUAUUUGUAUAUCGACGAAAGACUACACAGGCCGAAAGAGAAUAUAAACGCAUACAAAUUCAAAUGAUUACAUUGGAGAGUAACGUUCGUUCAGAAUGUAAGCAGGCAUUUGCAGAAUUGCAAACUGAUAUGACAGAUUUAACGGCCGAUUUGGAAACAUCCGGUAUACCCACCUUAGAUCACAUUAAUUAUAUUAUGAAAGUAUUUUUCCCAGGUGUAACAGAUCAUCCCAUAUUGAAUUCUCCAAAGUUACGUAUAAAUAGUCCACAUACUAAUUAUGACACUGCCAUGUUGCAAUUUGAGCAACUAAUUAGCAACAAAUAUUUUGUAUUGACAUUCAUAGAAACAUUGGAAGCUCAAAAAUCAUUCAACAUACGAGACAAGGUCAACGUUGCAUCUCUUUUGAUGAUUGUGUUGAUGAACAAAAUGGAAUAUGCUACAGAAAUUUUAAAAUGUCUACUACUUCGUUUAGUAGACAAAUCGGUUUGUAGUAAACAUCCGCAAUUGAUGUUGCGUCGUACAGAAAGUGUCGUUGAAAAAAUGUUAACCAAUUAUAUGGCCAUUUGUAUGUAUGAUUAUUUAAAGGAAUAUGCUGGGUCAAGCUUGUUUUUAUUGUUUAAAGCCAUUAAACAUCAAAUUGAAAAAGGCCUAGUUGAUGCCAUAACUCAUGACGCUCGAUAUUCAUUAUCAGAGGAAAGACUUUUGCAUGAACAAAUACCCCAUUCAGUUGUUAUGCUACAUAUCGUACAAGAUGACUUAGAUGAAAAGGUACAAUGCAAAGUUUUAGAUUGGGAUACGAUAUCGCAAGUCAAAUGCAAAAUUUUGGAUGCCUUAUUUAAAAACACCCCCUUUUCAAUGAGGCCAUCUGUACAUGAAGUUGAUUUAGAAUGGCGUCACGGCCGAGGUGGUCAUUUGAUACUACAGGAUGAGGAUUUAACAACGAAAACUAUUAACUGUUGGAAACGUUUGAAUACAUUAGCUCAUUAUGGUGUUAAAGAAUCGGCUGUUAUGAGUUUAGUUGCCAGACAAAAUGAUAGUUUUAAUAUCCCAUAUUCAAAACAGCAAUCCCAUCCAUAUAACAAUUUUUAUUACAUCAAUAAUUCACAAUCUCAUAUUAUAAUGAACAACGAUAUUGAAUCCGGCCUGCAACAGCCUCGUGUUUAUCACUUAAUAAAACCAUUAAUGCCCGAUCAUUAUAUGAACAUGAAAAAUUCAGCAAUAUCAUCAGGGGGGUAACAACACCAAUAAUUCUGGAUCAGUAUGUGCGACUACUGGUGAACGUACACACAAAACCAUACCUGAAGUUUAUUUGACACGGCUUUUGGCAGCUAAAGGCACUAUACAAAAAUUUGUUGAUGAUUUUUUUGCUACUAUAUUAACAGUUAAUGAAGAAUUACCACCGGCAGUAAAAUGGUUAUUUGACUUACUAGAUGAAGCUGCACGAAGACACGAUAUUUAUGACACUGAUAUUGUUCAUGCAUGGAAGUCAAACAGCUUGCCUUUAAGAUUUUGGGUUAAUUUUAUAAAAAAUCCGGAUUUUAUAUUUGAUGUAAAUAAAACAGUUACUGUCGAUGCCAGCCUGAGUGGAAUUGCCCAAGCGUUUAUGGAUGCUUGCUCAAUUACUGAACAUAGAUUGGGUAAAGAUUCACCAUCCAAUAAAUUAUUAUUUGCCAAGGAUAUUCCUCAAUACCGUAAGAUGGUUAAACAAUUCUACCGAGAUGUUGCUAGACUGCCACAAAUUAGUGAUCAGGAAAUGAGUACUGCUAUGCAGCAAUUAUCCAUACAACAAAAUGACGAAUUCGAUACUGUAGCAGCUCUAAAAGAGCUGUAUAUAUACGUUACCAAAUAUAAUGAUCAGAUAAUAAAUGCCUUAGAAAAUGAUAUAAAUUGUAAAAAAAUGCAUUUGGGCUACAAAUUGGAAAAUGUGGCAUUUACUUUAGAAGGGGAAGAGACUUCUGCUUGCUGACACUCGUUGAGAUUGCAUGAAGUUUUCCAAAAAUAUAAUAAUAUUCAACGUAAUGUUUUAAAUAUUUCUUUUAGAGCCUCGUUAAAAGAAAAUUUAUUUCAAAGCUUUCUUAAAGGUGCAGCCUAUUUCCUAACAUUUGUGAAUGUUCGAGAUUUUAACAAACAAACAUGGCUUGAUCGACUUAGAAUGUUUUAAUUAAAUACUCAAAUAUAUUGUAUGGGGUCCCAGAUAAAUAUUAGUAUUUUCGGAUCUUCAUUGUGAUAUUUUUUUUAAUAAUUUCGUAUGUCUACUUAUAAAUAAUUUCAAAUAUCAUUAAAUAUAAAUUAAGAUUGUGCUUUGUAAUCAACAUUUCUAUGUACAGUCAAACCCGUUAAUAACGGACUCGGUUAUAAUAAAUUCUCGGAUAUUACAAACUAUUUUUCAAGUCCCGAUAUUUUAGUAAAUAUUUUCUUACAAAAAACAUUUCUUAUAACGAACCUUGUUAUAACGAAUCCUCGGAUAAAACUAACUACUUUUUCAGUUAAAAAAAAACUUGAAUUUGUUGAAAAAGAUAUGAACAAAUAAUGUCACUGCUAUUUCUUUUUUGUAAAGAAAAUUAAAAAAAUCAUAAUGUUCUUUUAUUUGAAGAAAAUGCCACUCUAUUAUAUGAUAUAUAAAAACUAUUACGAACUUCGUUUAUAAAGAAUAAAUUUGACUAGUUUAGCGGAGUUCGUUAUAAACGGGUUUGACUGUGUAUUUUUUUGUUUUUAAAUUUACCAAAUUCGGAAUAUUUCAGAUAAAAUUUUGAAAUGUGUUUAAAAUUAAAAAUACAUGUAUGUUUCCAAUAUUGUAAAAAACUCUAAAUAAAUACAUACAUAUAACGUCACCUAAAACCCAAUAUGCCCUAGCUUAACAAAAA